AUGCCAAUGCUAAUUGGAAUUUCUAAUCCACAAAUCCCAACUACGAAUUUGCAACGAUGCAGUAAGGUGUCAGGUAGUGAAACAACGCGGAUCAUGAAUUUCGUAAAUGAUAAUAAAAAUUUAAAAGUCACUGUAUCAAAUGUUCAUACAAGCGUUUUCUUUACGGCACAAAAAUUUACUGUUAAUUAA